GCGUUACAGUGCGAUUAUAAAAAUUGAUGAAAUUAAAUUUCAAAUUACAAAAAAGUUUUCGAUUAAAAACACCCGAUUUAAAAAUCAUCCUUGUGACCUGUACCGGUAUUCUAAAUUCCCCUUAACCCCCAAUUCUAUCCGAUAAACAACUGAAAGUAUAUUUAAUCCAUAAAUAAACAUUUCAAUAAAUUUUCUCACUCUCCCGAUGAUCAUCGCGUAAAUUCUCUGUAGUAUGUCCAACAAAAAAUUGAAAAAAAAAAUCGUUGACUUGACUUGAACGAAUAUAAAAUGUUGAUAAAUCGGAUGAAAUUUUAUCAGCGAAUUUUCACGUAUAAAUUUUCGCGCAUUGGAUUGUGCGCAAUAACCUCUGUGUGUUGAGAUUGGAGUGGUGAAGUGAAAAUCCUGUGUUCCUGUCUGUAUUUGGAGGACAGAUCAUACAGAAAUAGUUAAAAUCGUUGGGCGUCAUUGUGACUUUGCCAGUGACACCGAGAUUAUCUCAAAUAGUUCAAUCCAACACGAGAUUUCAAGUAACCCUUGAAGACCGAUACCACAAUAUAAUUUUCCAUUCUCGUGAAGGGGUUAAUAAGAUCCCACCUAUUCGGUGGUUAAAAAAUGGCCACGAAUGUGCCUGUCGAUCUGCAAUAUUUCUACGAGGAUGUUGUUUAUCGUGUUGAUAAACGUGGUAAUGUCGAAUUUGGCAUUGUCAUGGAGAACGAUGAUCAGGACAUGUCUGAAUCGAGCUCUGAUAGCGAGGAGAGUCCCAGGAGGAAGAAGGGAGAAAUACGUGUGGUGUGGCAUCCAUCCGGUGUCGAAGAACUAGUCAAUUCCAAAAAGGUGCAUUUAGCUGAUAGAACGUUGAUGCCUGGUGAUGUGGUGAGGAGAAUGAUAAAAGGAAAGGAUACUCAACGUGGUUAUUGUCGAGAUAUCGAAUUGACAGCUUGUGUGCAGGUCAUUGGCACGAAGCAAGUCCUCACAAACAUAAAGAGUGAAGAUCUAACACCACUAGAGGAAUUUGGGACGGACAUUGCUGUUUGUAUGGACUCAUGGGUUGGUGGAAUUCGAAUGGUACAUUUCAAAUUGUGGCUGGCCACUCCCGAUGGCUCACGUUGUGUUAUCAAUGAAAUGGAUGCACAAGGUCUAGCUCACUUCGAGGAAAGACGAGACAGUGACAAUGAUUUUCCUCAUUCAUCAGAAUUUUAUCCAGGACAGUGUCUCUGGGGGCCGAUUCAGUGUUUGGAGGAUGCUGAGUGGAUAGUGUGCACCAAAGAAAUGAUGGCUAAACGUAAAUCAAAACCUCAGAAAAAAACCAAAGUUAUAGUGCAACAAGUGGAGGCUGAUUGGGUUGGUGUGCACUGGCAGUGUAGAGCUUAUUCGAAGGAUGGUGCCUGGUCCCAUCAGAUGCAGCCAAAAUUUUUGGUUGAGGGUGAUGAUUUGAAGAAACUGAAGCUUCUCAAUGUAUUUGAGCCCUCGACACUGCAGGUUGGUGAUCGCGAUUUUUAUUUAUUGAAUGGAAAUGAAAAUAUUAUAACACGCGAGCAGUGGAGAAAACAGCAACGAGAAUUAUUUCAAGUUCCUAAGCACAGUCCACGAAAAUAUAAAGACACGAGAGAAAUGAAAAUAAAGGCUGAAAAUGCUAAGGUCGAGACAAAUACGAGCAAUGAUAAUACGAUUAAUGUGAGUAAUAGCAAUAGCAGUAAAUUGAUGCCUCCGUCAAUUGGCGGAUGCAAUAAUGAUAGCUCCGAUGAUUGGGAUACUGAGGAUACAGCAUCGCAGAGUGAUACUGCUUCUAUGUCUAGUGGUGGUUCUAGUCGUUCGUCGUCGACUGGUAAAAAAAAAUCGAAAGGACCGGCUUUAAUGACUAAAGUACUGAAGAAAAAAAAAUUGAUAAAGGCGAAGAAAAAAGUAGCACCAGCUCCAUUGAUAACUGGUUCAAAAAUAGUUGUUGAAACUCUAUCAACAAAUACAAGAGCCAAUGUUGUUUGGCAAGAUGGGUCGGUAGAACUUGGAAUACCCUCGACUCAGCUCUAUCCAAUUCAUCACUUGGAUGACAAAGAAUUUUUUCCCGGUGAUUUUGUUAUCGAUCAGAAAGAGGAGUCCAGAAUGUAUGGAGUGGUCCAGUCUGUGGAUCAUCAAGGUAGAACAGCUAAAAUAAAAUGGUUUCGCACUUACACAUCGAGUCAAACACCCCAACCAACAUUCCUGGAGGAAAGAGAGGUUUCAGUGUAUGAUUUGAAAGAUCAUCCUGAUUUUCAAUAUCGUCCAGGUACUCUAGUCAUUCGUAUUGCCAAUUUUGAGGGUGAGGACGCUGGCUGCACGGCUGGUCAAGUACUGGAUAAUUAUCCAGAGGGUAGAGUUAAAGUUUGGUGGGUGGAUGGGCAUGUGAGUAUGUGCUGGCCUCAAGAUCUCUAUAAAGUUGGUGAAUACGACAGCGAUGAGGGUGAAUUGUGGGAUGAAGUGUCGUCUGAUGCCUCAUGGGAGACAGAACUCGAAGACUGCUUUAUCGCUGAUAAUGAUGGCACUGAACAAACUGAAUAUAUUAAGCCUAAACUGGCAGCGCACAUUGAAAAGGCGAGAAUCGCUAUGUCAAGGCUUGAAGAAAUAUUCACUCAGAAUCCAUCUCUACAGACAACUGAAGUUAUGAGAAAACUCCUUGAAGUUUACAAAGACUGCAGAUGUAUGGAUAAACUAAUGGGUACAUCAUUUUUUCAUGAAAGUAAUUUCCAGGGCCUUUUGGAGCGUGUGAGAGAAAGGGGUCGUGCUAAUGUUGCUCAAAAAGUUGCUGAUCAGGUUAAUAGACUAUUUACUCACGAGUCCGGCGCCCACGAAUCCACACAGAUAAAUAAUAUUUCUCCUUCUACCUUGGAAAAUACAACUGGCAAUAUCUGUCAAAAUAUAACUUCAAUUACUGAUCAUAUUACCAGUCAACCAAUCCAAACCAAAGACGAUACGUCACUUUUCAUCACUGUCAAACUCAAUCCAACUUCAAAUCCCAAUCCAGAAGACUCUGGAUUAUUUUCCGCUGAAAAUUCAAAAAAAGAAUCCGGCUCGAGUGAUUCCAGCGGGGAAUUUCCACUCUCUGACGAUCCAAAUCCCGAUCGUUCACCACCACCAGAUGAUGCUCACUCGACAGAUGGACAAACCAAAUCCACUCAAACAUUUAUAAAUUGUCACGUUGCAAACUCACACGUUUGCGUUAAACUUUGUACACUAAUUAAAGCUCAACUUCUCUUGGCGCAUGCAGAAGUAUCAAAGCGAUUUGGUUUAUCUCGGAUGUCAUUAUCGGAUGCAACUAAAACGGGCUCGCCUCAGAAGAAAAUUGAGGAGGAAAAACCAAUCGCUGAGGAGUCUGUUCUUGUCAUUGAAAGACCGAUGGAGAUGACAGUGUCAAAGUCACCAUCAACGCCAAUCCCAAUGCCAACACCAGUACCCAUGACAAUGCCAAUGCCAAUGCCAAUGCCGAUGUCAAUGCCAUUAUGUACGGAGGGGGAAGGAUUUUCCGUUGAUGAAAGUGCCCCGGAUAGUCACAAAUUUAAAUUAACAAUGUUCCAACCAACAGAUCCAGCCAAUUUCUUCAGAACAGUUUCCAAAGAAUUGAAACUAUUGAGAGGCUCCCUUCCUCCAGGAAUUUGGGUCAAAGGAUUCGAAGACAGGAUAGAUUUAUAUUCCGUAAUGUUCAGAGGACCGGAGAAGACUCCGUACGAGGAUGGAUUAUUUUUAUUUGAUUUCCAGUUGUCUGCUGAUUAUCCAGCCGCACCUCCACUCUGUCAUUACAUAUCAUACUGUAGUGACAGAUUAAAUCCCAAUUUGUAUGAGGACGGUAAAGUAUGUGUCAGUCUUUUGGGCACGUGGGCUGGACGAGGCACUGAAUUAUGGACAAGUUCUUCCACGCUUCUUCAAGUUAUUGUAUCGAUUCAGGGAUUGAUACUCGUAUCUGAACCGUAUUUCAAUGAGGCUGGCUUCGAAAAACAGAGAGGCUCUCAACAGGGCACGGAAAAUUCAAGGAUGUACAACGAAAUGGUUGUUCUAAAGUUGGUUCAGGCACAGACUAAAUUAUUACAACAUCCACCAGCUGUUUUCAAGGAGGCUAUUAGCAGGCACUUUGAUAAACAUAUUGAAAAAUUAUUGCAACGCUUGGAAAUGUGGAUGGAGAUAUCUGAACAGCAUAAUAAUCAGCAUCCCUUGUCACCACUCACACCGACUGCAUUCAAAGAUUUUUCAAAUAUCGACGAAAAAAUUCUGCCGCAGUUCCCCCUUGUCCCGGCGUCCCGAGGUUUUUGUAUCACUCUUCGAAAGACUUUAGCGAUAUUUAAACAAGUCUUGGUAAAAGAAGGCAUUCUACACAAGACCAAUAUCCCCGAGACACUAUCUAAAGUUAACGUGACACCUCCAACCGCAGUAUCAACAUCUACAGAGGAAUCUGUCAAUGAUGGUAAAGAUCAUUUACCAAAUGAAUCGAGAAAUUCCUCGCAGAGUCAUUUGAGUGAAACGAAAAAAGAUAUUCCCGAGAAAAGUGCAAGCUAGCCACUAGGUAAAUUCAAAUGUUCAAUUCAUAAAAGUUAUGUGACAAUUCGGUAACCUAAUUAUACGAUAAUCCAUCGAGUGAUUCUGUUGCUGCUAAUUGAGACAGAGUAGUCGAGCUUUAACGUGGACGUUCAUAAAACUCCCAGCGAAUAAAUACAUGAAUAAAUAAAGCAACCGAGAUGAUUGAUAUAAUAAAUACAAAAAUAUAUACUGCUCAGGGCGGUCUACCGCGAGAAUUAUAAUUGUACUACGGUAGUAGUACGCUAGUGUGGAUUUGAUGCUAUCCUUUGAAAAAUAGGCUUGGCGUUUUGUCUGAUAGAUCCCAUUGAAAAGACUUAUAAUAAUCAUUCAAUUAACAUUGCUACCAAGCGUAAAUCCUCAAAUGAAAAAAAAAAAAAA